UUUUGUUGUGAAAAACGUGUCUUUUCACAAUCUACAACUGAUAUUUAUAAUAUAUUUAAAUAUAUGCCAUACACAAACUAAAAUAAUUUUUUUUUUCUAUUUUUUAUUAAUAUAUUUUUGUUGUAAAUAGCACAAUUGAUAAUUAUGUGUUGCGUGCACGAUUGUUGUAGCAUAAAUUAUAUCAAUAAUGUAAUUUAUAUAGAAGAUUAUGUGCGCAUUUAAAAUAAACGUUGCAUGCACAAAAGAUUUAUAUAUCACCAUAUGCUCUCUCCUCUAGUGCCAUAUUUCUGAUAAUUCAUAUAAAUGUGAUAAAGACGCAUAUAUAAUAUUAUAAGCGCGCAAAGUGUUCUUGGUUCAAACGUUUCCAUGACAUCAUCGUGGUUGGCCUAAUUUUAAUCAUGAAAGGACAUACUCGCUGUGACCACAAACACAAAUUAAUUACGAUUAGAGUGCUAUCUAUAAUCAUAAAAGCUCUGUCCAGCGAUAGCUCUUGAUCUCAUACGUCGUGAAUAAUCGAAUACAUCCAAUGAUCGUUGAAAUUUCCUCUUGAUAUGCACGAAGCAAUUUUUCAAUCGAAGAGCAAUAUUUUCGCAUUAAAAUCGUGUGGAAGCUGAGGAAAAAAUGCAGGCAGGUAGAAAAGGGGGAAGGGGUUUUUCGCGCAAUCCGCAGCGAUGCAUAUAUCUCGUUAUUUUCAUAGCAAUAUCUCGCGCCUGAUUUCCGUGAUAUUUAUCCGCCUGUCUAUUUUCAACGACGUAAUUUACACCUUACCCAGGAUUCGCGAUGCGUACGCACGCACGCACUGUUUUUCUAGUCCAAUCCAUCACACGUACGUGUGCAUAAUAUGUCCGUUUGUCGUAUAUAAGCGACAUAGUUGCAUAGGCGCAGGCGCGACGAGAUUCAUCGUCGCGACUCGAAAACGACGGACGUUCGGCACGCCGUUCAGUCGAGCACCGACGUCGACGACGAUGACAUCGUAUCUCACCCUGUAUCAGGGCGCCAUCCCUAUCUCGUCACCGCGCCUCGCCAUGUGAUCGUCUUGCCGUUCGAGGGCACGUUCGAUUAUGAGCGAUUUAUGAUGGUGCAUGUGCGCGCGAGAAAGAUGCAUUGACCAUCGUUGAAACUCGCUCUUUUAUACGUAUCGGGGCGGAAAAUGUUCCUCACCAAUGAUUUUUCUACGACGAUUACGAUGAUUAAUAAAUCUCUGCGAGCGUAGCGAUCGAGAGAGACUGAUAUAUCGAAGGGCGACGUGAGAAAUGGCAGGGCACGUCGGUGGAUGGAACCACGUGCGAGCAAUCCAUGUCAAAAAGAACGAUAGGAUUUUUCUACGAUUCUUGACGACGCGGUGUUGAAGUUAAAGGGCUACUCUUGGUGCGUGGAAACGGUAGUGCUUACGGAGCAUGUGAGACAAUGCGGUGGUGUAGUGGUUCCUGCGAUCUCCUGCGGCGCGAGUUCUUCGUCCUCCUCGUUCUAAUCGGCUGCAGCGAUGGCUAUCUCAAUAUAUUCAUCAGUCAGUCUCAGGUCAUGAAGCUCUUAGGACUCGAGGCCGAGUUGUACUACGUGCGGGAGGGGGUGGUCAACACGUACGCGAUGAAUUUCGUCGUUCCUGUGCCGGCGAACAUAGCGGACCUAGAAUUUUCAUGGCAAAGCCUCGUAGGACACCCGUUACCGUAUUCCAUGGAGCUGGAUUAUGACGUGGUGGGAGUGCUGGGUGGACCGUCCUCCGGGAUGAUGGCGUUGCUGCCACCGAGAGUGAACGUCUCCGCGAGGGGCGAGGUUCCAGUCACCCUGCAAGUCUUCAGGAUCAGAUUGCCCUGCUCGGGGGUCGUUAGCGCCGAAAUACCUCUGGCGUUGAGAUUGAAUGUCACCGCUCCGCCUGGCACUAGAUACAACGACACCGUCUUGGUCUUCAAGAGGAACAAGAUCUGCUUGAAAGGUGUCGAGACUCCUCCCAGCAACGAUUCGGUACGUUUGGAGCCCGAUCCGCUCGUGAACGGUGCCGGUGCACUUUACGUCGCAGCUACCUGUGCAUGCGCUUUAAUUCUUGUCGUCGGCAGCGUCGCCAGUGCGUUAUACAUUCGCAACAGCAAGGCUCGCGUUCAAGAAUCGCAGAAAACUCUGCCCUGCUGCAGUUACUCGGCGGCUGACACCGGCGGCCUGGCGAGAAGUUCCGUCUUGGUUAGAGUCGACCCGCGGCCCGGAAGCGCGAAUUCCGGAAGUUACGCCACCAUUGCCGACCUCGAGCCGCUGUACGCGAGGCCGUGCGGUUCCAGAGCGAGUUACUACGCGGCGAGCCAUGUGACGCAUCUGAGCCAGUCAACUGACCCGUGUGAGAAGGCCAGAGCACUCGCGAUAUCGAGAUCGGCAUUGUAUUGCCGUACUCUCGUGCAGGAAGGUACUUUCGGUCGCGUAUACAAAGGAACUUUGGAAUUAGCUGGACGAGAACAGGAAGUCAUCAUAAAAACUGUCACAGAAGUUGCAUCCGCUUACCAAGCGUCUCUUUUGGUGGUUGAGGGUUCGCAAUUGGCUGGAUUAGUUCACUCAAACAUCGCCUCUUUGGCGGCUGCUUGUCUGGACAGUUCGUGCCCUUUAUUGGCUUACACAAGUACACCCGGUGAACUAAACCUAAAAGUCUAUCUUACCGAUGGAAAUCAUCAUCCAGUGACUAGAGAUUUGGUACAUGUUGGCGCACAAGUUGCUAGAGCUGGAGCAUUUCUCCACGGCCGAGGAUUAUUACACAGGGAUAUCGCUGUCAGAAAUUGUCUGAUCGAACCGAGCAGCCUUCGCGUGAGAUUGGCUGAUGCUGCCCUGGCUCGAGAUCUCUUCCCUCAGGAUUACCAUUGUCUCGGUGAUAACGAGAACCGACCUAUACGCUGGAUGGCCUUGGAGAGUCUUCAGCGUAAUGAGUACAGCACGGCAACCGACGUGUGGUCUUUUGGAGUUUUCCUAUGGGAACUGGCGACACUGGGUCAGCAGCCAUACGUAGAGGUGGACCCGUUUGAGAUGAUGGCGUGUCUUCGAGACGGAUAUCGACUUGCUCAACCGAGACCUUGUCCCGAUGAGCUGUUCGCCUGUAUGGAAGCCUGUUGGCUCGGUCCUUCCAGGGAUCGGCCGACCAUGCCUCAAUUGCUCGCCUAUUUGCAAGAUUUUCACGAUGCGCUAGGCGGAUUCAUUUAAAUCGUCCGUCCGCGAUCGACAGCGUAUGAUGCAUCGGUUCAAAUUUCUGCACACACGACCGAUUAAAAAAUUCGUUUGAAAUCUCGCAUCGCGGAUUGCGAGUCGCCGGAUAAGUAUAGCCAAGGCUAUAGCGAUCCGAAAAGCCAUAACGCCGAAAGUACGUCCAUUAAGUUUGUAAUCAAAUUGAAGGUCUGAAGAGAGAAUAGAAUCAAAUUCGGAAGGAAUUGAACGUCACUGCCCAUUUGCGACAUACUGCCCUUAACAAUAAAUACAUCAGGUAUGACAUUUAUAUUGUUAUUAAUUCUGUUUACCAGAUGAUCAGGAAUCAAAAUAGAAUAUUAUCGUCGUCUACUUGGCGAGAGAGCUUGCGAAGGAAAGUUAAAACAAUCGGCACGGACACAUCCGUCCAUAGCAAUUAGAGCUCGCGUUUGCGUAUAUUUUGGGUCUCGUAUUUGAACGAUUUAUGCGCCAAACGUGGGUAAUAUUUCGAAAGAGCUUCAUCUUUAACAUUAUUAAAUGCGGAUGAUUUAAAACGCAUCUUUUUUUCUUUCAUGAUGAAGAAAGUUUAGUUAAGUAAAACAAAUUUUAUUGCCAAUUUAAUCAAAUAGAUUGAAUGCGCAAUAUAAAUUCGUCAAACAUUCAGGUAUUUUUAUUUUAAUUAAAGUUUAUAUUUUAUAUCUCCUUUCUUUCACCUCUUUAUCUUAUAAUUAAUAUCUGUUAUAUAUGAAAAUGAUAUAAAACUCUCUAAAUAUACAAUAAAUGCACACAGCAGUUUAUAAAAUAGCUUGUCAAGAGAAAGAGCUGAAAACUCUUUCUGCAAUAAUAUUCUCCUUGGUAGUCUCUCUCAUUUCACUUGAUUAAAUUUAUUUGAAUGUAUUUUGCAAAGAUCAUUACAGUUCGCAAAGUCUAGUUUACGCAGUCUUUUGCUUUAAUUAUGAAAACGCGCAGUCUCCGCGCACACAAGGUACGCCUGCGGCGUGGCAAUUCUUUAUCCUUUUGAUGCAGUUGUAACGCGAGAUUCAGGCGACUGUGUGAAUGAAAAUGUCACUCCUUCGAACCGUAUUCAUUAGCGUUUGUAAAUACAUGGCCGUCUUAACGCGUCCAAACCACGAAUCACUCAAUUUCCAUGGCGAAAGCCAUGCAUUCAAUUCAAUGAGAAAGUUCGCUGGCGCUUUUUGAGCGUAUUGCUCAAGAACGCAAAAAUGAAAUGACGAAGAACAGCAUUGAGUAAAGACGGAGUAAAUUUGUAGAAUGUAGUUGGGAGGAAUGCAUUGCAAGUAUACGCUUUUAUUCGAGGUAUUAUAUAUAU